UUUUCUGAAAUUCUUUUAUUAACUGCUCUCUUCACGGUAAAUGCUUUACCACAUCCUGGAUAUCCAAUUGCUGAAAGAUCCGAAGGGAAUCCAAAAGAUCCAAAUAAUCAAUACCAAAUUGCAUCAUACCCAAUUGCCGAAAGAUCUGAAUCGAACCCAAAAGAUCCGAAUAAUCCAUCAUCAUAA